AUGAACACCAUGGUUGAGGCUGUGCGUGAAACGGCAACUGCUACUACGCGAGCAAUUGACCGUUUAAGGGAGAGGAACGGAGAUCGUAACGGAGGACGCAAUGGUGAGCGUGGUGGAGAUGGUAAUGAUAAUGAAAGUGCCGGAAACCAUGAUAACCCUAUGACACUGGCAACUUUUCUGAAGGUAAAUCCGCCCAAGUUUAAGGGGACGCUUGUUGCAACUGAAGCUGACAAUUGGUUCCGUGAUAUCGAGAAGUCAUUGCGAGCGCAACAUGUACCAGAAAGACAGUACGUGGAAUUUGCGACCUAUAUGCUGGAGGGAGAAGCUGAACACUGGUGGCAUGGAGUGCAACGCUUGUUAAGGCAGAUGGUGGAAGAGAUUGACUGGGAUACUUUUAAGGAAGAAUUUUACAAAAAGUACUUCCCUAGAACUGUUCGUGAUGCUAAAGAAAUGGAACUGAUGCAAUUGACGCAGGGGAAUAUGUCAGUAGAAGAAUAUACUCGGAAAUUUGAAGAUUUGUGUCGAUUCUCUAAGAUCUGUCAAGGAAACCCAUUAGUCCCGCUGGAGAUACGGAAUUUCGCAGAGCUUGUCAAUAAGAGUCAGCUGAUGGAAGAUUAUGAAUAUAAGAUGGCAGCGUCAAGGAUGGGACAUCCAAGCUUACCGCCAAGAAACUUUAAUAAUUUUCAUAGGCAUACGGUACAGCGAAAAGUUGAUUUUAAGGUACCAGGAGUACCUAUGCGAGGGAACCAACAAGUUAGAAACUUCCCUACGCACUCUACAACUGGGAAUGGAAAUAGGCCAAGACAGGAUACCGGUAAGCAACCUCAGCAGCAGAGUCAGAAGGGCCCAACGUGUAGGCAAUGUGGAAAGAAUCACCCUGGUAGGCCUUGUUAUCUUGGACUGAGAGUCUGCUACUACUGUGGUGAACCGGGGCAUAUAGCAAGCAAUUGUCCAGAAAAGUUGGUACAAGGAAUAGCUAAAUUGCAACAGCCAGGGAGGGUAUUUACAGUGAUUGCUGAAGAUGCUCGUACUCAGACUCCCUGA